GGCUGCCCAAAUCUUUUGAAAAUUACAUCCGCGCCCCACCUCCGUCUUCUUCCUCCUGUUCAUCUGCAUUCUUCUACUACCUGACUUCCGCCGACAGAUGUAAAUUCCAUGGAUUAGUGUUAAUCCUGACUCCUGCUGCUGCACUCGUUCACAAAGUAUUUAUUUUCGAGCACUCUGUUAAUGGCGUCCGAUAGCCGCGGUUCAGAGCAUCAGCUACACGUCUGCGGAGAGGUUCCCGCCGGCGAUGGAACAGUUCAAUCAGCAGAAGCUUCUGAUAGAGAAAGUCAGAUCUGUCGAAAUCUACAAGACCAGAAACAGCUUAAUGCAUCAUCACACAAUGUCGAAACAUCCAUGGCGGUUGCAGUAAACAUCGCCGGCAGCGACGAAAACAACAACAACAACAAUGGAGGUACUAACACAGAAGUUCCUUCUUCUAGAUUAACUCAUGGUAAGAAAAUAUCGAUCCUCCCUCUCGUUUUCCUCAUAUUCUAUGAGGUUUCGGGAGGACCGUUUGGGAUCGAAGACAGCGUCGGCGCAGCCGGUCCUCUGCUCACGCUGGUCGGGAUUCUCGUCUUCCCGUUCUUCUGGAGCAUUCCGGAAGCUCUGAUAACCGCAGAGUUGGGGACGAUGUUCCCUGAAAACGGUGGCUAUGUUGUUUGGGUGUCGUCGGCUUUGGGGCCGUUUUGUGGCUUUCAGCAAGGGUGGUUGAAAUGGCUUAGUGGCGUCAUCGACAACGCCCUUUAUCCGGUGCUUUUCCUCGACUAUUUGAAAUCGGAUAUCCCGGCAUUGGCCGGAGGAUGGCCUAGAGUCGUCGCAGUGUUGGCACUGACGGUUGUUCUUACUUACAUGAACUACAGAGGCAUGACGAUUGUCGGAUGGGUUGCGGUGGCGCUCGGGAUCUUCUCGUUUCUUCCGUUCGUCGCGAUGGGGUUCGUUUCGAUCCCGAAGCUCCGGCCGAAACGAUGGCUGGCGGCGGAUGUUCGUAACGUCGACUGGAGUUUGUACCUCAACACUCUGUUCUGGAACUUGAACUAUUGGGAUUCGAUUAGUACUCUCGCCGGAGAAGUCGAAAACCCGAAGAAAACGCUGCCGAAGGCGCUGUUUUCGGCGAUGAUCCUCGUCGUGCUCGGGUAUUUUCUCCCGUUGUUGUUCGGGAUUGGCGCGAUCCCCCUGAAUCGCGCGGCGUGGGAGGACGGGUACUUCUCCAACGUGGCGAAGAUCAUCGGCGGCGCGUGGCUCGGCUGGUGGGUCCAGGCGGCGGCGGCGAUGUCGAACUUGGGGCUGUUCAUGGCGGAGAUGAGCAGCGACUCGUUCCAGCUGCUCGGGAUGGCGGAGCGCGGGAUGCUGCCGAAGGUUUUCGCGAAACGGUCGCGGCACGGGACGCCGCUCGUUGGGAUUCUGUUCUCCGCCUCCGGCGUCGUGCUCCUGUCGUGGCUGAGCUUCAACGAGAUCGUCGCCGCCGAGAACUUCUUGUAUUGUUUCGGGAUGAUGCUCGAAUUCGUAGCGUUUGUGCGGCUGAGGGUGAUUGCGCCGGCGGCGGCGCGGCCGUAUAAGAUUCCGAUGGGGACGGCAGGGGUGGCGGCGAUGUGUGUGCCGCCGACGGUGCUGAUGUGUGCGGUGUUGGCGCUGUCGUCGGCGAAGGUGGCGCUGGUGAGCUUAGGGGCGGUGGUGGUGGGGCUGAUAUUGCAGCCGUGUAUGAAGCAUGCUGAGAAGAAGAGAUGGAUAAAGUUUUGGCCCGUUAACAAAUGGGUCGGCCCGCGGGUCCAAAUCCAAUUACAUUCCCCCCUCUUCUCCCGUCUCUCGGCCUCGAUCCACUCUGUUCCUUCUGCUUCGUCUCCAACCGCUGCACCGCCGUCUGCCGCCUUCGUCUUCUUCUUUGGCUUCGUCGGAGGCUUUACAGGAAUGAGUUGCCAAAACACAAGCUCCUCCGCCUUGAAGCGGAAAAGACCUGAAACUGAACCACAAGGUCUGGUAGAAGCUGAGCGAACAAUCCUGUAUUUGAUCAAGACUAAGAAGGAUCUUGGGAUAUGGGCAAGAGACAUCAAACAAGAGACAAAACUUCCUGACCCUGUUGUUAACAAAUUUCUCAAGUCAUUGAUGACGAAGAAAUUGAUUAAAGAGGUAGUCAACAUUCAAAAUAAACGAAAGAAACACUAUAUGGCUGUUGAGUUUGAACCUUCUAAGGAAAUCAGCGGAGUUGGGCGGAAAGUCAAUGAGAAACUUAAACAGCUGUGCUUCUUGUACUUGCGUGAUCAGGAGGUUGCCACUCUAGAGAAAGUCCACACUGACCUGAAGAAUCAUCCAGCACUGGAAUCUGAGAUUUCUAGCAGCGAAGUUGAUGAGAUACUGAAUUUGAUGGUUUUAGACAAUGAUAUCAUAGAGGUCAAGAGCACAGGGUUGGGAGAUUAUCACUCAAUUCCCAUUGGUAAAACUUGUUAUAGAAUUGGAAGUGGUGCCGGGUCUGUGAAAGGUCCAAAGAUGGCUGCAUUUGCUUUGAUCCCUUGUGUUUCUUGUCCCCGGAUUCGUUUGUGUACACCAGAUGGGGUUCUCUCCCCAAGUACUUGCAUGUAUUACUCCAAAUGGUUAAACAUUGAUUUUUAAAGUUAGAUAUGAUAUGUACAGAACUUCUGCAAGUAUUUUACAUAAUCUAUUGUUUAUUUCUUGAGUU